CUCCGUUGCUGGCAGGAUUCAAUGGGAUAAUGGACAUGAACUCACUUUGAAAGCCAGGGUGGCACCACAGGCAGCAUUAGUUAACCUGCUGCUCUGCUCCUGCAGCUCAAGGGUGCUGGCUUCCCUCUGCAGUCCCUGAGCCAGGCCCUUGGGACUGGGGGAUGUGCAGUGUCCUGGAGAUAGUACCCUCGGUGACAUUACAGUGAAAUCUCUGACGCAUUCCGAUGAUGAGCCUGUGUUGGCUUGCCACCAAGAGAAGCAGAGGGCAGAAGAAGCCGGGUCUUGUGCUUCCUUAAGGGAGAGCAUGCAGAAACUCCGAGGAACCACCCAUCAGAAGUUGCCCAUGGAGAUGCUGGUGUUGGAGGAUGAGAAGCACCAUAGGCCUGAGAGUCCGUCCUUACAAAAGGUUAAGGGCCAAGAGCGCGUGCGGAAGACAUCUCUAGACCUGCGGAGGGAGAUCAUCGACGUGGGCGGCAUCCAGAACCUCAUCCAGCUGCGGAAAAAACGCAAGCAGAAGAAACUGGAAGCCCUGGCCGCCUCCCAGGAGCCGCCUCCAGAGCCAGAGGAGAUCACGGGCCCUGUGGACGAGGAGACAUUCCUAAAAGCUGCGGUGGAGGGGAAGAUGAAGGUCAUCGAGAAGUUCCUGGCGGAUGGGGGUUCCCCUGACACCUGCGAUCAGUUUCGCCGGACUGCCCUGCACCGAGCUUCCCUGGAGGGCCACAUGGAGAUCCUUGAGAAGCUUCUGGAGAGUGGGGCCACUGUGGAUUUCCAGGACCGGCUGGACUGCACAGCCAUGCACUGGGCCUGUCGUGGGGGCCACUUGGAGGUGGUGAGACUCCUGCAGAGCCGAGGAGCAGACACCAAUGUGAGGGAUAAGCUGCUGAGCACCCCCCUGCAUGUGGCAGUCCGGACGGGGCAGGUGGAGAUCGUGGAACAUUUUCUAUCCCUGGGCCUGGACAUCAAUGCCAAAGACAGAGAAGGGGACAGCGCCCUGCAUGAUGCUGUGAGGCUCAAUCGCUACAAAAUCAUCAAACUGCUGCUCCUGCAUGGGGCUGACAUGAUGAGCAAGAACCUGGCAGGAAAGACCCCCACAGACCUGGUGCAGCUGUGGCAAGCCGACACCCGGCACGCUCUGGAGAACCCUGAGCCGGGGUCAGAGCAGAAUGGACUGGAGGGGUCCACCGAGAGUGGGCGGGAGACCCCCCAGCCUGUGGCAGCCGAGUAAAUGCCUGUCCCAGCCUACCAGGCACCUGGCCUGUCCCCUGCAUACAGCCCGAGGGUCAUAAGAAUGGCCCUCAGAGCUGAGGACACCAUUCCUCUGCAUACACCCCAGGAACACCCACAAGCUACUGCAAUAAAAAAAAAAAAAAGUCA